CCACCCUGCGAGCCGCCUCUCACUUACUGCCUCCUUUCCUUCUUUCUCCCUCCGCCACCCGAGCACCAGCCGCGCUCCGCGCUGCCCCCGGGGUCCCUCCCCCGCCGCCAGAGGAACAGCCGCCGCCGCCGCCGCCGCCGCCGCCGCCAGCAGCACAUUUAGGAGGCGGAAGGAAGGAGAAAGGGGAGGAAGGGGAACCCGAGCGCCUGCCCUGAGGGAGCCGGUGAAUGGGCUUGUGGUGACCCCCGCCCCCCACCCCACCCUCCCUUCCCACCCGACCCCCAACCCCCAUCCCCAGUUGGAGCCGCCGCCCGAGAGGCCGGGCCGUCGUCUUGGGAGGAGUCGCCGCCGCCACCUCCGUCAUGGAACUGAUCACCAUCCUCGAGAAGACCGUGUCUCCGGACCGGCUGGAGCUGGAAGCAGCGCAGAAGUUCCUGGAGCGUGCGGCCGUAGAGAACCUGCCCACUUUCCUUGUGGAACUGUCCAGAGUGCUGGCAAAUCCAGGAAACAGUCAGGUUGCCAGAGUUGCAGCUGGUCUACAAAUCAAGAACUCUUUGACCUCGAAAGAUCCAGAUAUUAAGGCACAAUAUCAGCAAAGGUGGCUUGCUAUUGAUGCUAAUGCUCGACGAGAAGUCAAAAACUAUGUUUUGCAGACUUUGGGCACAGAAACUUACCGGCCUAGCUCUGCCUCCCAGUGUGUGGCUGGUAUUGCUUGUGCAGAGAUACCAGUAAACCAGUGGCCAGAACUCAUUCCUCAACUAGUGGCUAAUGUUACAAACCCCAAUAGCACAGAACACAUGAAAGAGUCAACAUUGGAAGCUAUCGGUUACAUCUGCCAAGAUAUAGAUCCAGAGCAGCUACAGGAUAAAUCGAAUGAGAUUCUGACUGCCAUAAUCCAGGGAAUGAGAAAAGAAGAGCCUAGUAAUAAUGUGAAGCUAGCUGCUACUAAUGCACUCCUGAACUCACUGGAGUUCACCAAAGCAAACUUUGACAAAGAGUCUGAAAGGCACUUUAUUAUGCAAGUGGUCUGUGAAGCCACACAAUGUCCAGAUACAAGGGUACGAGUGGCUGCUUUACAGAAUCUGGUGAAGAUAAUGUCUUUGUAUUAUCAGUACAUGGAAACCUAUAUGGGUCCUGCUCUUUUUGCAAUCACAAUUGAAGCAAUGAAAAGUGACAUUGAUGAAGUGGCCCUACAAGGGAUAGAAUUCUGGUCCAAUGUCUGCGAUGAGGAAAUGGAUUUGGCCAUUGAGGCUUCAGAGGCAGCAGAACAAGGACGGCCCCCUGAGCACACCAGCAAAUUUUAUGCCAAGGGAGCACUACAGUACCUAGUUCCCAUCCUCACACAGACCCUGACAAAACAGGACGAAAACGAUGACGAUGAUGACUGGAACCCCUGCAAAGCUGCAGGAGUAUGCCUCAUGCUUCUGUCCACCUGCUGUGAAGAUGACAUUGUGCCACAUGUCCUCCCCUUCAUUAAAGAACACAUCAAGAACCCGGAUUGGCGAUACCGGGAUGCAGCAGUGAUGGCUUUUGGCUGUAUCUUGGAAGGACCAGAACCCAAUCAGCUCAAACCACUAGUUAUACAGGCUAUGCCUACCCUAAUAGAAUUAAUGAAAGACCCCAGUGUGGUUGUUCGGGACACAACUGCAUGGACAGUGGGCAGAAUUUGUGAACUGCUUCCUGAAGCGGCUAUCAAUGAUGUCUACUUGACUCCCCUACUGCAGUGUCUGAUUGAAGGUCUCAGUGCUGAACCCAGAGUGGCUUCAAAUGUGUGCUGGGCCUUCUCUAGUCUGGCUGAAGCUGCUUAUGAAGCUGCAGAUGUAGCUGAUGAUCAAGAAGAACCAGCCACAUAUUGCUUGUCUUCUUCAUUUGAGCUCAUAGUUCAGAAGCUCCUAGAGACCACAGACAGACCUGAUGGACACCAGAACAACCUGAGGAGUUCUGCAUAUGAAUCUCUCAUGGAAAUUGUGAAAAACAGUGCCAAGGAUUGUUACCCUGCAGUUCAGAAAACAACUUUGGUCAUCAUGGAACGACUACAGCAGGUGCUUCAGAUGGAGUCACAUAUCCAGAGCACAUCAGAUAGGAUCCAGUUCAAUGACCUUCAGUCUUUACUCUGCGCAACUCUUCAGAAUGUUCUUCGGAAAGUACAACAUCAAGAUGCUUUGCAGAUUUCUGAUGUGGUCAUGGCCUCCCUGUUAAGGAUGUUCCAAAGCACAGCCGGGUCUGGGGGAGUGCAAGAGGAUGCCCUGAUGGCCGUCAGCACACUGGUGGAAGUGUUGGGUAGUGAGUUCCUCAAAUACAUGGAAGCCUUUAAACCCUUCCUGGGUAUUGGAUUGAAAAAUUAUGCUGAGUACCAGGUUUGUUUGGCAGCUGUGGGAUUAGUGGGAGAUUUAUGCCGUGCUCUACAAUCUAACAUUUUACCUUUUUGUGAUGAGGUAAUGCAGCUACUACUGGAGAAUUUGGGGAAUGAGAAUGUCCACAGGUCUGUGAAGCCACAGAUUCUGUCUGUGUUUGGUGAUAUUGCCCUUGCUAUUGGUGGAGAGUUUAAAAAAUACCUAGAGGUUGUGUUGAAUACUCUUCAGCAGGCCUCCCAAGCCCAGGUGGACAAGUCAGACUAUGACAUGGUGGAUUAUCUGAAUGAGCUAAGAGAAGGCUGCUUGGAAGCUUACACCGGAAUUGUCCAGGGAUUGAAAGGAGAUGAGGAGAACGUACACCCGGACGUAAUGCUGGUACAACCCAGAGUAGAAUUUAUUCUGUCUUUUAUUGACCAUAUUGCUGGAGAUGAGGAUCAUACAGAUGGAGUAGUAGCUUGCGCUGCUGGACUGAUAGGAGAUUUAUGUACAGCAUUUGGAAAGGAUGUACUGAAACUAGUAGAAGCUAGGCCAAUGAUCCAUGAACUGUUAACUGAAGGACGGAGAUCGAAGACUAACAAAGCAAAAACUCUUGCUACAUGGGCAACAAAAGAACUGAGGAAACUGAAGAACCAAGCUUGAUCUGUUACCAUUGGGAUGAUAACCUGAGACCCCCACUGGAAAUCUCCAAUCUUUUGAAAAACCCGGAAGUGAGGAGUGUGCACGGAUGCUGAAUGUUUGGGAAUGAGAGGAUGAGUGAGUGAGGCUUAAACACCACAUUGAAAAUCCUGCCACAGCCACAGCCGCCAACAGCAGAGCUGUUAGUGAGCUUAAGUAAGCACUGACUUCGUAAAAACCAUAACAUCGGCCAUCUUGGAAAAGAGAGAAACAAUGGAUUUACUUGCUUAUUAAAAAACAAAAGAGCUGUCUCUUCCCAGGGGUUGCUAGAACUAGCUUUCUGUCUUUGGUGCCGAAUGGAAUGACUGGUUUGGGAGAGGAGGAGGGACUAGGUUCAGCUGUGGUGCUUUGUUGUAAAAGGCAGCCUGGCCUUUGCUACUGAGGAGAAAGAUGGAGCCUGGGUUUUGAGCCCUCCUUCACUGUACCUUUGCCAUGUGGUACUAUAUAUGUACUGGCUAGAAGGAGGGUAAGGGAUUUUUACAGUCUGAGAAUGAGUGUGUGUGAGUGAGGCGGUAUCCACAUUCUCAACUUCAAGUCAUUGCAGUUUCUUUUUCCCAGAAAACAAGAGGUUAGAUGUUGCAUUUCAUGAAACUAACUGAAGUUCUGUCUACUGAUGCAGCACAAGAGAUGUGUGUUUAAAAAAAAAAAAGGAAAGACGCUCUAGAUUUUUUUUUUUGUUUUUGUUUUUCUUUUUCUUUUUUUUAACUAGGGAAAACACUGACGAAUGGUCAGAGCUCCUAUCCUGAUCUUUUCAUCAAGGCGCCUUUCCUGAUAACAUGGUUCAACUGUGAAUGUAGACCGGGGGAGGGGGGAGAACAAUCGCUCUGGAGUUAGAGGAUAUAGAAAAAUAAAAGUACAAUUGUUACAAAUAAAGAUACAGACUUCAAAGAUGAAAAUACAACCACAACCCAGACCCAAAUUUAAAUUCUCAAAAAUUGGCAGCACAAAAGCAAAGCUCUCUCCUGACCUGUAUCGUGGCAGUUUGAACACCCCCAGAAAAUUGUGCCAAAGAAUUUUAGCAAACAAGUGUACAAUAAAAUAUACACACACACACAUGAAAAAGAAAAAAAAAAAAACAGCAAACUUCAGGUAACUUUGGAUUGCAAAUGAAGAUAAAUUUAAUGUUCAAACAAUCUGAUAAAAUAACCAUUUGGAAACUGCUUGGCCUUCUGUUCUCUUAUUUGAUUAUAAUGUGAUAUUGGUCUCUUGCUGCACUUCAACUAACAAAAGCAAAAAGUGUGUGUGUGUAUGCACACACACACAAACUAGUACUCUUAAUGAAAAUGGCACUUGAAAAGGGUUAUAUUUUUCCACUGAAGUUGAAGAAAAAUGGUGUCGAAUAUUCCCCUGGUCACACGCUUUAGUAUUUUUAAAGUGUGAUGUGCUCUGAUUACCAUAAAUGAGAAUUAUUUUCUCUUUUUACAAGGGAACAGGACACCCUUAAUCUUAAAAUUCUUCAGCAAUAAGACAGGAUGUCAAUGAGCUUUGAUUCCCCUUUUGGUUUUUGCAGUUAGUUAUUAGGUGUUUGCUGGCAUUUUGAAAACAUUGCUUUCCAAAAAAAACCAAGGAAAUUUUUUCAUUGCUUCCUGGUGGAGGAUU